AUUUUUUGAUUCCUCAAAUAGCUCCAAUUAGAUGACUAUCUUUAUUUAUUUUUUUCAGAAUUAUUUUUAUUAUAUUUAAUAUAAUAAAUUAUUUCAUUUAUUUUCCUUUAACUUCUAAAUCUAAAAGUUCAAAAAAAAUUAAUACAAUUUCUAUAAAUUGAAAAUGAUAACUAAUUUAUUUUCUGUAUUUGACCCUUCUUCUAGUAUUUUAAGUUUAUCACUUAAUUGAUUAAGUACUUUUAUUGGUUUAUUAAUAAUUCCAUCUAUAUAUUGAUUUAUACCUUCUCGUUAUCAUAUUAUUUGAAAUAAUAUUUUAACUACUUUACAUAAGGAAUUUACAGUUUUAUUAGGUAAUCCUAAUCAAAAGGGAAUAACACUUAUUUUUGUAUCAUUAUUUUCUUUAAUUUUAUUUAAUAAUUUUAUAGGAUUAUUUCCUUAUAUUUUUACUAGUACUAGUCAUUUAACUUUAACAUUAAUAUUAGCUUUACCUUUAUGAUUAGCUUUUAUAAUUUAUGGAUGAUUAAAUCAUACUCAACAUAUAUUUGCACAUUUAGUUCCUCAAGGAACUCCUGGUGUAUUAAUACCUUUUAUGGUUUGUAUUGAAACAAUUAGUAAUGUUAUUCGUCCAGGAACUUUAGCAGUUCGAUUAACUGCAAAUAUAAUUGCUGGACAUUUAUUAAUAACUCUAUUAGGAAAUACAGGAUCUUCUUUAUCAUCAAUAAUUAUUAUUGUUUUAUUAAUUGUUCAAAUAUUAUUAUUAAUUUUAGAAUCUGCAGUAGCUAUUAUUCAAUCUUAUGUAUUUGCUGUAUUAAGAACAUUAUACUCUAGUGAAGUAAUUUAAAAAUAUUAAAUAAUUAAAAAAUUAAUUAGUUAAAAAUGUCAACACAUUCAAAUCACCCUUUUCAUUUAGUAGAUUAUAGUCCAUGACCUUUAACAGGAGCUAUUGGAACAAUAACUAUAGUUUCAGGUUUAGUUAAAUGAUUUCAUCAAUAUGAUAUAUCAUUAAUAAUAUUAGGAACAGUAAUUACUAUCUUAACAGUUUAUCAAUGAUGACGAGAUGUAUCACGAGAAGGUACUUUUCAAGGUUUACACACUAUUUCUGUAACAACAGGUUUACGAUGAGGAAUAAUUUUAUUUAUUUUAUCUGAAGUUUUAUUUUUUUCUUCUUUUUUCUGAGCAUUUUUUCAUAGAAGUUUAUCUCCAUCAAUUGAAUUAGGAGCUAUUUGACCUCCUUUAGGAAUUACUCCUUUUAAUCCUUUUCAAAUUCCAUUAUUAAAUACAACUAUUUUAUUAACAUCAGGAAUUACUGUAACUUGAGCUCAUCAUAGUUUAAUGGAAGGAAAUUUUUCACAAACUACUCAAGGUUUAUUUUUUACAGUUUUAUUAGGAAUUUAUUUUACUAUAUUACAAGCUUAUGAAUAUAUUGAAGCUUCUUUUAAUAUUGCAGACGCUGUUUAUGGUUCUACAUUCUUUAUAGCAACAGGAUUUCAUGGAAUUCAUGUUUUAAUUGGAACAACAUUUUUAUUAAUUUGUUUAAUUCGACAUUUAAAUAAUCAUUUUUCAAAAACUCAUCAUUUUGGAUUUGAAGCAGCAGCAUGAUAUUGACACUUUGUAGAUAUUGUUUGAUUAUUUUUAUAUGUAUCAAUUUAUUGAUGAGGAGGUUAAUAUA